AGGGGUGGGAUAGAGGCUCGAUCAAGGCGAACAGAGACGGAGGCAAGCUGAGAGAGAGCGUAGCCCCACGGAGUACCGCCACCCGUGUGUGUCGCACUAAAAUGUGACUCUAGCCAGCAGCAUCGGGAGCCGUGUGUGAGCGCGAGCGCGAGAGCGAGAGAGAGUCGUGUGUGCCGGAAUUUUCGUUAGUUUAGAAAGCGGCAGCUACGUUUUUCUCACUUAAACAGCCGACCAGCGAGCUGACACCAAAUAACACCAAUCAAGCAAGAACAAAAAGCUGAGAAAGAACAGAAAAAAGGGCCAAUAAGGAAGGGAGGAAAUCCGGCUGGACGACCGUCGUUGGUGAACCAAACAUAUCAUAAAAUAUCAUUUUCUCGUAGCUGCGGAUCACUUAGCUGGUCUGAACUAGCUAGAAUAGACGAAUCUGGACUGAAUGGUGAAGAAGAAGAAGAGCCAGCGUACCUAGUGCAAGGAUAGGAGAGACUGAUGGGUCAUAUCGUGCGAGUCUGAUCAAAUCUAGACAGAUAGGCUUAUAGAUAGAUAGAUAGAUAGGUAUAUAUGUGCAUUUAGAAACGGAGAGCUGGUUUCGUCCUCCGUUGUACCAUCGUUAUCCUCGUCUGUUCGCGUUCCUCUGCUACGUGUGGCAGCGCAACUGGCGUGUUACACGUCCAGGAUCACUCAGCUAGUUCCGAUGACCGUUCUGGAUUAGUGUACCAAUUCGUACCACUCCACCGUGAACUGUGAUUCCUUGUGGCGUGGACGCAGAGGAGGGUGACCGCGACGACGGGGUAGACGAGACGAGGAAAAAUGAAGCUCGAAUUGAUGAAUCGAGAAAAGGGCCUGGAGCUCUUCGGGAAAUUUAUACGAACGAAGAAUGUAGACAGUCUUCAGGGUGACCAGAGGAAAACUGGACCGGAGCCACUGCAUCCGACCGAUUCCAAGCAGAAAUUACAGAAGUGCCUGACGACUCUGGACCUGACGUCCUUGGGGGUUGGCUCCUGCGUCGGGACAGGGAUGUACCUAGUCGCGGGGAUGGUGGCGCGCAGCGUCGCCGGGCCAGGCGUCGUCAUCUCCUUCAUAAUCGCGGCCAUUGCUUCCAUCUUUUCCGGAGCAUGUUACGCCGAAUUUGGAGUACGAGUGCCUCACACAACUGGCAGCGCUUACAUGUACAGUUACGUGACCGUAGGCGAAUUAAUAGCAUUCAUUAUUGGAUGGAACAUGAUACUGGAGUACCUUAUAGGUACGAGCGCGUGUGCCUGCGCUCUUAGCGCCUGCCUGGAUGCCCUUACGAAUGGAGCCGUUUCCGGAGCGAUAGCCAACAGCGUGGGAACCAUUUUCGGUCGACCGCCCGAUUUCCUCGCGUUCGUCAUCACCCUACUGAUGAUGCUGCUAAUGGCCGCAGGCGUGAAGAAAUCAUUGGUGUUCAAUAACGUGUUAAACGCCAUCAAUCUCGCCGUUUGGGUGUUCAUUAUGACGGCGGGGAUGUACUACGUGGAUACCGAUAACUGGAACGAGCACGACGGCUUCUUUCCGUAUGACUGGAGUGGUGUGUUCACCGGUGCAGCGACGUGUUUUUACGCGUUCAUCGGCUUCGAUAUUAUAGCGACCACCGGCGAAGAGGCGACAAACCCAAAGAGGAGCAUCCCCCUCGCUAUAGUCGCCUCGUUAAUCAUAAUACUCACCGCUUAUGUCACCACCAGCAUGAUGUUGACGCUGAUUGUGCCAUACGACGAGGUAGAUCAAGAUUCAGCAUUGGUGGAGAUGUUUGGUCAAGUUGGAGCAUACAAGUGCAAAUAUAUCGUGGCAGUUGGUGCGUUGGCUGGAUUGACAGUCUCCAUGUUUGGUAGCAUGUUCCCCAUGCCUAGGAUAGUUUAUGCUAUGGCCCAGGAUGGCCUUAUAUUCAGGACUCUGAGCCAAGUGUGGCCAGCAACAGGUACUCCAGUCAUAGCAACACUGACUUCCGGUGUGUGUGCAGCCUUGGCUGCGCUGUUUAUUCAAUUAGAGGUGUUGGUAGAGAUGAUGUCUAUCGGUACUCUACUAGCGUACACUUUGGUGUCUACCUGUGUACUGAUUCUCCGUUAUCAACCUCACUCAACGAACCUUGUAGAGUUGCUACCACAGAGUUUAAGAACACCUUGCCGAUCACCAACUAAAGAAAAUCAGGGAAAUGGUCAAGUGACUUAUGGAAAGGAGCUGAGACCUGAUCAGCUAACUACUGCACUGAAUUCUGUCCAGGCUGCACAAUCAGAUCUUGCUGCAGCAAACAGCGGCCAACGUAUCAUGGUAAGAAGAGUGAGGAGAUGCAAUAGUUCAUCGCCAGACUCGGACGACACUUAUGGUGCAGAGGAGGACGAAGUUGGUUUGGGUAAAGAUGAUCAAUAUCUAGUCAGUGAUAGAACUGAGAAUAAAUUCUACGGUAGUGUGCAUGCAGCUGCAGCUGCCUCCGGUUGUGGCAGUGCGCAUCAGUAUCCAGGAAAUACGCCAAUAAUUGGACCACCUUUGAAUUACCUCCAACGUCGGUUGCAGGCAGCACAAUAUCUCUGUCCUGCCAUCUUCCCCUGGGUUGACAGAGGCCCAGCGACGGAGGCGUCUGGUCGCUACGUCAUGAAAUUAGUCGGCGUACUCUUUUUGCUGAUCAUCAUCUUCGAUUUGAUUAUAGUUUGCGGCAUGGGAAAUAUGGGAACGUUCACAACGAUAAUGAUGUUCGCGUUCCUCUUUGCCAUAAUUGGAGUGUUGCUUGCCAUAAGUAGAAAAUCACAAAACAGAAGUAGCGUAAUGUUUAUGACACCGGGACUCCCAUUCGUGCCGGCGAUUGCCAUCACUGUGAACAUAUACCUCAUCUUCAAGCUGAGCAUCUUGACACUCGUCAGAUUCACUGUCUGGAUGAUUCUCGGUUUCAUCAUGUACUUCUACUAUGGUAUCAAGCACAGCAGCCUGGAGGAAGGAAACACUUCGGAGAAUCUAGAGGAAAACGUGUCAGCCGGCAACAUCGAAUUGACAGUAACAGAUACACAAAAGCAACAACCGCAACAACAGCAAACGCAUCCGUCAUACACGACGACUGAUCGCAGCAUCUAUGAGGGCCAGCAACUGGAUGCAUUUGGGCAGCCUGUGUUCGGCAGCACGAACUUCGGUGGGACACCAAGUCAGAGGCCAGAAACUGCUGGUCAAUCAUCGCUGUUCAUCGACCACGAAAGCUUCCCCACCUGGGACGAUUGAGCGGCUAUCAGCGCCGAUAUAAAUAUAUAUAUUUGAUGAUAUCAAGAUAAAUUAUUAUGCGAGCCUGACCGGCGUCGAGCGUUCAUCGGCGUAAAAAAACGACCCUUUCGGAGCUCGCGGUGUAUAAUGGCCUUUGAGAGGUUAUGAGGCGAGGGGCUAUGGAGUUGGUACUCGCGAUGCUAUUCAUUUAUAAUUUUUAGUUACCUAACACACAAGUUAAAUAUUUGGUAAGUGACAUUAUGUUUGAAAAUGUCUUAUUGGUUUUGACGUUAGGAUGGUUCACAAAAAGAAGUUGGGUAAUUGUUUUUCAAGAAGGUUCUUUUAAGUUCAUGUUAUGAUUAAUGGAGGACUGUUUGAGAUUAUGCGGUUGACAGGAAUAGGUCGGAUAGUUGCUUUUCAAGGAGAUAUUCUAAUGUUAUGUUAUGUUAUAAUUAUUCGAGAAUCGUUUGAGAUUAGAAUGAUUGACAUAAAUAAAUUGGAUAGCUGCUUCUGAAAGGUCUUUUAAAGUUAAAUUAUGUUAUACUUAAUGGUGAACUGAUGCAUUUUACUAUUGAAAAGUUAAAGUUUCAUUGAUUGUAAGGUUACGGUGGUAGACAGAUAAAUUAGAUAACUGAUUUUCAAAGAGAUUUCUUUGAUAUUAUAGUUUAUAUUACGAAUAAUGCAGAAUAUGCAUUAAUGUUUGAUCUUUAAAAUUAGGGUGCCCAACAUAAAUAAGUUGGGAAGUUAUUAUUUAAGAUGGCUGAAAGAGAAUCGAUGCAUAUGCUUCUUCAAGUAAAGUGUAAUGAUUUAAUCAUUUGUUUCUUCUGUGAAGAAUUAACGAGGAAAUUUCACGAACUGGCUUUUUUUUAAAAAAAGGAUAUAGAAACCCAGAAUCUUUCUCGAUAAGCGCUCGACGAUUGUGCAGGAGGUGCUGCUUCGAAAUUCUGAGCUUCCCUUACUAAUUUCACUUCUCCACACUGAGAAACGUCAAUUUCCAAAUCCAUCCUAAUCGAUCGUCGAGCAUAAUACACCUUUUAAUGAUCAUUCAAAAGAACCCCCUGAAUCGAAAAAAGGUAAAGACAGAAACAAAAAUAGCGGAACCGCGAGUCUCCGAUGGGCGAACUUGUUGACUACUGUUUGGGACGAAUGUAGCAAAUAAUUUUCGCGGCAAUAUUUAUUAUUCUAGUUGUAUAAAAGUGAGAGAGAGCGCGAGAGAAUGGGAGAGUCUGAGAGUGCGAGAGAAUGAGAGGCAGAGCUGUCAGAGGCGGAAUCAUGAAGAAGAAGAAGAAAAAAAAUAGAAGUUGGGGAGAGACCAUGGCUAAACUUUAUUUUGGAGCAUUCCGAAUUUUUCACCUUUUUAAUAAUAUGUGGUAGUUUUCGACGAAUAAAAUCUGAAAAUACUGUAUUUAAAACGCAGAGAUUAUUAUCUUUAAUGUUGUCUAUACAUCAAGUUUAUGAAUAUUGGACAGUUUACUUAGAUACACAUGUUUUAUGACUCAUUCGGAUUGGGAGCUCGAUUAACUGAAUAAAUUGAUCUUUGUUUGAGUUAGGUGUAAGUUAGAUUUAAUUAAUAUUAUUAAGAAACAUGUUGUUCUUAGAUAGAUACCAGCAAACUGAAAACCCGCAAAAGACGGGAUGCGUUAUAGAAGCCAAUAUGAUAAAGACAACCUUACUGAUCAAAGUCUAAACAUCGUCCAAACAAAUUGCGCAGUGUGUUAGAACUUUAUAUACACGUAAUAUCUAAAACGAUGAUCCCUGUCCAUAAAAGUCAUAGUUCUGCAUUUUACUCCUCAAAAACUCUCAUACGUUAUGAAAAUAAGUAUAAAUUUGGUAUGCCCCAAAAAAAAGUUCAACCGCAACCAUUACCAUUCUUAGAUGUAAAGCGACACUUGUGUUUUCCAAGAGAGCAUUUUAACUGCUGAAAGAUACGUGUAGACGUGCAGCUAAUUGAUGAAGAGAGAAGAAUUAAAGAAGAAGGCGAUCGUAACAAAGAAACUUUGUUCCUGAGAGUCGAAGAAAACACGAGAGUAAAAGAUGAAGAUGGAAAGAAAGAAAAUGGCGGAGAAAAUAUGAAGAAAGAAAGAAACUGGAUCUUGCCUAAAUCUAGUCUUUCCCAAUCUUGAAAAAAGCUUAGAAUUAUAUGAUUAUAAUCUUACAAGAGGAAUUUUAAUCUUAUCUUGUACGUUAAACUGGAAUUGCGACGUGAAGUCGCGUUUCCAUUGAAUAUAUUCAAUUAAAGAUUGUUAGCCCCCUGCUAGACACCAUAAAUGGAGUUCUAUGGGAGUUGCAGAGGGCUGGUAUGAAUCAACAAACAGACAAAUUAAAUAAAUAAAUAGAUAGAAAGAGAGAGACAGAGAGAGAGAGUAAUAUGUAGAUUUGAAAUUAUUGAUAUUUUGAAAUUGGUAACAAUUCUCAGCUCUGGGGUGCCCUACUAUGGAGCACCAUAAGAAAAUGGUAUCUGUUAUUUGAUUACAAAUAUUCUUCAGUAGAAAACAUCCAGUUCUAAUAACGACAAGUUCCUACAACGACUGUUGAUCGCUUAAUUGUUAUUAUUUAUAAAUGGUUUUAUGUAUCUUACGUUCUAGAGUAGAGUUGUGAUUAUUACUAGUAGAUAUAUUACCGAUAAUCUUAGGUUUGUUUGUUUUUAAAAUUAACAAAGAAGAGAAUACUCUUGGAAUGUCAUAAACGUCCAUUCGAUGAUCGUAUUUGUCAUUUUGCUUUGGGAAACAAAGAGAAGAAAUUGUAACGUGGAAAAUUGUGAGAACAAGGGAAGCUGGUAUAAAAAUGGAAAAUUUGAAAAUAAAGAGUAAAAGUUUUAGGAGGAAAGUUCAUAAGUGGAAAAAUUGAAAAACUGAAUAGAAGAGUUACAAAAUGGGAAAAUUGGGAAAAUGAACAAGUGGAAAAGUGAUAAGGCAAAAGGGAAAGAAGAAAUUACAGCGGAAAGACAGCUACAGGGGGCAGCUUGGGAAAUUUACGUCUCUCCAUUUAUUCUAUUCUCGGAUCUCCAUAUCGGAUCUACAUAUCGAUCAGUGAUCUUUUCACAUAUCAGUCUGCACCUUUUGCAAGGAAAAAACCGUGAAAUUCUGGUAGUAGAACGAAUGAUCAAAGAAGAGAGCGCAAGAGUGGGAGUAAAUGUCGCGGAAGAAUGAAAGAUUGAUCUGAACAUUUAUCUUUAAGUAUUAAUGCGUCUGUUAAAAAAAUUUUUCUAAUAUAUAUAUAUAUUAUAUUAUAUUAUAUUAUAUAUAUAUGUAUCAUAUAUAUAUAUAUAUAUAUAUGGCGAGAUAUACUUUCUAUGCGCAACCAUCGAUCAAUAGGUUCGAUCGGGGAUCGAUCGAUCCAAGAACGAGGCUGCUGUCUUAGGAUUUUUUUAGUUUUCAGUUCCGAACCCUGUAACGUCGCUAUCAGAAGCUUAUCGGCGAUGAAGAAGAGUAACAAACAGUAUUUUCCAAAUAUAACUUUAACUACGAUAUCGAUUUUGUUAUGUUAACUAGGUUAGGUUAGAAAGAUUCUAGAAAAAUUUACUUGAAAACAAAGUACAACCAUAUCUCGAUUAAGAUAAUCGAAAAACAAAGAUCGAUUAAGGAAGGCACGAGUCUUCGAUGUGGACUAGUAACAUAAUUAGGGGAAAAUGUCUUCUUCAUCCCCUAUAUGCUUCGAUCUAAGUUGAGCGGUGAUCGCUGUUCCGAAUAUCCGCUUAUUCGGUAUUGAUUAGCAAUCUUUGUACAUCCCUGACAGUUUUUGAACGAGUAUCAAUAACAUCGAAACACUUUUAAUCCCUGGAAUAAUAUUGGAAAAGGGAAUUCCUCGAGAAAAAUUCUUUAGAAGGCAUAGCAAUCAAAUUACUCGACAUAUUAUUAACUUUGUUCGUAUAAAGAAGCUUUAAUACGCUCUAAAUAGUUGAUAACGUUUGAUUUAAAUCCAAGUCGGACUAUUUACUGGCUGGGUACAUUUUCAGUUUUAGUUGUUAACCGAAUACAUAUCACUAUGACUAACGUCCUAAUAGAAGAAUAUUAGAAAAGAAAAUGGUUAAUGAUUGUUGAUACUCGUUGAAAUCGUUGAAUGAAAGAUUGGAAACCAUAGCGUAAUUAUCGAUCCACAAAACAAACUAGACCUUUGCGCUAGGGAAAAAGCCAGGAGCUGAAGUUGUUUGAAGAUAAAUGGCUCCAUUUUGUGAAAGAACAGUGCCUGCACAUCCACUAAAAAAAUUCCUGAAUCGUCAAACAAGGCUUAGAAAUAACUCGAGCUCCAAAAAAAUAGAGAACUUUGAUCUUUCUUUUCUCUUGUGGAACGUAAAAUUUCAAGAAUCUCUUUUACACAUCAAUGGAGAAGAAUAACGACGGCAAAAGCGGAAUCUCGACGCGGCACUUUGCUCUUUGCUUUUUUAGUUAGUCUUUCAAAUUCUUAGAUAGGAGGAAAUGGCCUACUGCGACGUAUGGCUGCUCGAUGAACCUCUGACAUCUUCCUACCAACGCGAAUGAAAUCUCAGAAACUCCCUAGAAAGAAGAACCUUUUAUUUUUUGACAACAUACAUAAGAAGAGCAUAAAAUUACCAAAAGUUCUUAUCAAGUUGAUUGACAAUUUUUAAAAAGAAAUGUUCUUGUGCGAUUGUAUAAGUAUUGCAAGCAUAAGGCGAUGUGUUGUUCAAAUUUUUCUUCUACUCGUUCUCUCGUAAGGAAAACAGGCGAGAAAAAUGAUUUUUCGAGUAGAAUCGACUAACGUUAGGUUCACUCAGGCUCAUCAAGCACCAUGCUCGAACAAAGCGUACUUCGAAAUUGCGGUAAAUUACUCCGGAACACUGAAAAGAGAGCGAAGUGAUGUUAGAAAAAUAUAGUCACGUGUUCAGUGGCGCGACUUACGAUGAGAAUUAUCUUCCAACGCGUUUGACGAGCGAGAGGGAUCGUGUGCGUCGAUUUAAAUAAACGUUCGCUUCUUUUUCUCGUUUGCUGCAAACAGGGAAGUGACGCCAGUACGGGGUAGAAACUAGUUUUCUUCGUUUCCCGUUCGGUUUCUACCUCCAAGUAACCAUAGAGUUUCCACCCAGAUCCCUCUCUCUUCGUUCUCUACAUAUAUGGACAAACUCGUGAAAUUUCGUUCGAAAACGAGGGUAUCUCGAUGGAAACUCGCUUUUCAGAGUUCUGAUCGUGCAUCCUCCACCGAAAGUGAGGAAUCACCUCGUUUGGUACAUCGUGUAGAACGAUGUUGGUCCUUCCACACAUUGCGUUGGAUGGUACAUGGUCCACCCACACUCUGGACGAAACAAGAAAUCAGAUGCAUUAUUUAUUCAACUUUUAUUCGGUAUAUUUAACAUUUUACAAUAUUAUAUAUUUACAAUUCUAUAUUGUUUUGAGGUUAGGAUACGUUUCUUGUUACGGGAACGGAUAAGGAUUAAAACAAAGAACAAGAAAAUAGAUAAACGGACAAAGACAUAUCAUUUGAGUAUUAUUUGGAGAGAUCAAUUCGAUUGUUUUUGAAUUGAAUAAUGCAGAAGCUUUUUGAAUCGUCUUUAAAGUUAAUAAUUUUAGAAAAAAUGUGAAAAUUGAGUAAUAUGUUCCAGCGUGGAGGAGUGAAAAGGACAAAAGACAACGGAGUAAGAGAGGCAGAGAGUGAAAGGUUGAGCGUGAGAGGGAGAACUAGAUCGGAGAAUGUGUGUCGGUGUAAUUAUCAAAAUACAAAUUUUUUUUCUUCUCUCGGGGAAAAUCGUGGUAUCUUGGGAAGAUAUAUGCGCACUAGGAGGACAGAAUUUUCCAUGUAAUAUAUAUACCCUUACGUAACUACGUUGUUUAAUAUUGAUAAGGAUCAAAAAUAAAAGUGAUUAUUCAGAAAGUAA